AUGGCUUACCGCCAGAACACAGAUCCCUAUUAUGCCAACUCGCCCUAUCAACAACCCCAGCGGCAGCAAACUUAUCCGCAACCUGGGCAACAGGACGCAUAUCCAUCCUAUCCACCGUCCAAUCCCGGCAACACUGGUGUUGUCGACUACGGUGCUCAUAACCAGGGCUAUCGAAAUGACCAGGACCAAUGGGACAACAAGUCCGCAAAGUCAUUUCAAAGUAGCUACGCUGGCUCGCAAGCUCAUCUCAAUCCAUACGAAAUGUCACAAGUCAACGUCAACACCCCCCCUGUACCCAACAUGCCCUACGCUCAGCAGUAUCCACCACCUCAGCAGAGGCCUGGCGUGUAUCGCGACCAGAGCAGCGCAGGCUGGUCAACGGCUCGGGAUAAGCUCAUGAAGCGCCGUUCGGUCAAGCAGGUCCAGCUCUUCCAGGGCAACUUGGUGCUUGACGUACCAGUUCCUUCACACAUUGUUCCAGCAGGCAAGACCGAUGUGGAAGAGUUCUCCAAGAUGCGCUACACCGCCGCGACCUGCGACCCUGACGAUUUCAAGUCUUCAAGAUACUCUCUCCGCCAAUUUCUGUGGGGACGUCAGACAGAGCUGUUUAUUGUUAUGACAAUGUACAACGAAGAUGAAGUGCUCUUUGUCAAGACCAUGAACGCCGUCAUUAAGAACAUUGCCCAUUUGUGCAGUAGGUCCAAGUCCAAAAUGUGGGGCCCCGAAGGCUGGAAAAAAGUCGUCGUCUGUGUCGUCUCCGAUGGUCGAAACAAAGUUAACAAACGUACCCUCCAAGUUCUCAAUUUAAUGGGAUGCUAUCAAGAAGGCAUUGCAAAAGAUUCAGUUGGUGGAAAGGAUGUUACAGCACACAUCUUUGAAUACACAACCAAUGUCAUUGUGACAGAUACAGGCGAAGUCUCGACCGGUUCCUGCCCCGUCCAAGUCUUGUUCUGUCUCAAGGAACAGAACAAGAAAAAGUUGAACAGUCACCGCUGGUUCUUCAACGCUUUCGGACCUCUAUUGAAACCUAAUGUUUGUGUUCUUCUUGAUGUUGGCACCAAACCCACGGGAACCUCAAUUUACGAAUUAUGGAAAUGCUUCGAUAAACACAAAAAUGUUGGCGGCGCUUGCGGAGAAAUCUGUGUCGACUCUGGUCGUGCUUGCGGCGAAGUGCUCAAGUCGCCUCUUGUCGCAUCACAGAAUUUUGAGUACAAAAUGUCAAAUAUUCUGGACAAACCCUUGGAGAGUGUCUUUGGCUACAUCAGCGUGCUUCCCGGAGCAUUCAGUGCUUACCGCUACAGGGCGCUUUUGAAUGGUCCUGAUGGCAAAGGGCCUCUUGCUUCAUACUUCAAGGGCGAGACCAUGCAUGCUGGAGGCAGCGGUGCUGGUCUUUUCGAACGAAACAUGUACCUCGCUGAGGAUCGUAUCCUUUGUUUCGAGAUUGUAACCAAGAAGCGUGAAGGAUGGGUUUUGAAAUACGUCAAGAGUGCGAAGGCCGCUACCGAUGUGCCGGCCAGUGUCCCGGAAUUCAUUUCCCAGCGUCGACGAUGGCUUAACGGUUCUCUUUUCGCAUCCAUCCAUGCCACGGUAUUCUUCUUCAGAAUUUGGACAUCCGGUCAAAACUUCUUCCGCAAAAUUUUCCUACAGAUUGAGUUCAUCUACAACGCUAUCCAGCUCAUUUUCACAUGGACGUCCCUGGCUAACUUCUAUCUUUCAUUCUUCUUCCUUGUUUCUUCGGCCACGAAGGACUCUGGGGAUGCGGAUGCAUUCAAUUUCCUUAGUAGAGGUGCCGGCAAGGCUGUCUUCGAGAUUUUCCUGAAUCUGUACAUUGGUCUUCUGUUCCUCGUUCUUGUUUGUUCUUUGGGCAAUCGACCCCAGGGUUCGAAAUGGGCAUACGUUGUGGCAAUGGUGCUGUUUGGCUUGUGCAGCGUUAUUACGACAUGGUGUGCUGGAUACACUGUUUACCUUGCUGUUCCGCACAACGUCGAGGGUUGGAAGAACUUCCCUGAGCUCAUCAGGACUAACAAGACCCUCCAAGAAAUUGGUGUCGCCCUUCUCGCUACUUAUGGAUUGUACUUCAUUAGCUCCUUCAUGCACUUUGAACCCUGGCACAUGUUCACAAGUUUCACCCAAUACAUGUUCCUCCUCCCUUCGUAUGUCAACAUUCUCAUGAUGUACGCCAUGUGCAAUCUGCACGAUGUCACUUGGGGUACAAAGGGAGACAACGGAGCGGCAAAAGAUUUGGGUGGUGCUAAAAAAGUUAAGGGCGACGAUGGCAAGGAACUGAUGGAGGUGGAGCUGCCAACUGCGCGAGAAGACGUUGAUCAGCUCUGGGCCGCUUCAAGAAAUGCCCUCAAGAACAAGCCCCCUGAGGAGAAGGAACAUCGCGACGCUGCCACGAAGCAGACUGACCACGACAGGAAUAGUCGAACUAAUGUUGUCCUGGCAUGGGUUGGAUCCAACAUGCUCAUGAUCAUCGUCUUCACAUCAACCACUUUCACGGAUUGGGUGGCCACGCAUGUGAACAAAUCCGGCGAGACUGCGUUUAACCCUUACCUGACCUUCCUCUUCUAUGCCUUUGCUGGUCUAUCAGCGGUACGGUUCACAGGUUCAUUUUUGUACCUGGUCCUGCGACUAGUUGGUCUUUAA